AUGAGUGCUUUUAAUGUUUUCUGCGGCAUUGCUUUGUCUAAUGCUCAAUUGUAUGAAAGCGCGACGAUAACGAAGAAGAAGAUGAGUGCUAUAUUAGAUAUUGUGUUGAACAUGUCAAGCACAUCAACACUCAACCAAUUAGUUACAAAUUUAAUGAGUAACGCAAAAGAUUUAGUUGAAUCUAAAUAUGUUUUCAUAUUCGCAAUUGACAGAGAAAGACACAUUUGUCAUCCAAUUGCUGUUAAUGAUACAAUUUCUUUCUCUACGAAUGAAGAUGUUGUAGGAUUCGUUGCAACAAGUGGUGGAGAAGUUAAUGAAGAAGAUCCAACACAAGAUAGAAGAUUCAAUACAAUGUUUUUGAGUCAAAUGGGAAUAAAACCGAAUUCAAUUUUGGCAAUUCCCAUUUUGGAUUCAUUGAAUCAAGUCAUCGGUGUUAUUGAAGCUGUUGAUAAAGUAGGAUCUCCAAAAUUCACAGCUGAUGACCAACUCCUUCUAAAGAACUUCUCUGCUUUUGCUGGAUUGGCAAUGCAGAGAUGGAUGGCGAAAUCUCCUGAAGAUUUCUGGAAACCAGAAAGCCAAUUAGUUACAAUUUUGACAGCCACUGAAUUGAAGAUGACUGAAAUGCCUGGAAGACUGAACAUCAUUGAACCAUUACUUUCUACUGUUUCUUCAAUUGAAUUUGAUGCUGUUGCGUUUCCAAAGAAUGAACAAUUUCGUAUUCUUUUGUUUUUCUUCCACGAUUUAGGUUUGUUGAAAGAAUUCAACAUCCAAAUCGAAACAAUCUUGAGAUUCAUCACUUCUAUCAGUGAACAAUACCAUCACGUUCCUUUCCACAACUUCAAUCAUGCUGUUGAUGUUACGCAAAUGGCAUACAUGAUUGUUAAAGUUGGAAGAUUGUUCUCUAAUUUCACAAAAUUGGAGAUUUUGGCUCUUUUAGUAAGUGCAAUUUGCCAUGACAUGGGACAUAGAGGAAAAAUGGGAACAAGUUCUAAAGUACAGACUCCUUUGUCAUUAUUAUUUAAAGAUCAGCCUGUCAUGGAGACUUUCCAUUGUUCGUCUGCAAUUAAAACAAUUGGAAAGCCAAGUUGCAAUAUUUUAUCUUCAUUAAAUGCAGACCAGUUACAUGAUUUCUGGGUUUUAGUCAUUGAUACUAUUUUAAGCACAGAAACAUCACAACACCAAAAGAUUAUUGAUGAUGCUAAAUUGUCUUUUGCACCUGAUGAAACACUUCCUCUGGCAAAUACACAACAGAGAGCAAGAAUGAUGAAAUUGAUACUAAGAAUUGGAAACUUGGCAAGCUGCGCAAGACCCUUUGAUUCAACAAAAUCUUGGUCUUCUGUUUUAUCUGAUGAAUUCACUGAUGAUAGCGAAAAUGCAGGAGAAAAGACUCCACAAGAGAUUGCAAGAUGGAAUGCAGAUCACUUGAAGGCUAUUGCUGCCCCUGCUUUCGAACUUUUGUCGAAAGCAGUUCCUCUUCUCAAAGGAAUAGGAAAACAAUUCAAGAGGAAUGUAGAGAAAUGGGAAGAAAUCGCAAAUUCGGGUGGACAACCUGCAAAUUAA